ACAUACUAAUCCUUUAUACAAACAGUGGAGCGUCUCUCCCCAUCUCUCUAAUCCUGAGCACAGACCAUGGUGGGGUAGUCAUUGAACUCGCAUAGCUUCCUGUGUUGUCACAAUGGAUUUAAAAACAACAUUGCCACUCCACACUGGUGACGUGAGGGUCCAAUUCUCACUAGCUCCGCUGAGCGAUCGGAGGUGUCCCUAUUAUUUAACAUUGAAUAGUGACCGCAGUCCUUUUCAGACUGACUGGUAAUUUACUGCUAAAAAACACAGAAUCCAGAAUUAAAUACUGUGGCUUUGGACUUUCUAUUUUUAUCUACUGGUUUGCCGUUCACUCCUGUGAUCUCAUCGCCAGCCGCCAGAGUCCCCUCCAGAGCAGCAGGGGUGUUGUCAAAGACCUGACAGAGAUCCCAGUUAGAGGAAAUAAGGCUAUCUUGUCUGAUCCCAGUCCGUCCAUCUUGCAACUCAAACCACAUUCAGGGCCCCUUUCACCACCAGUGACAACAUGGCAAUGCCAAUGGAACUUGAGCUGAAGCAUGUGGAGCUGAGAGCUGGAGACCAGUUCAAAGUACAGGGGAGGAUUAUGGAUGAGGCUGAGAGGUUCCAGAUCGACCUGGGCUGUGAUGAAGAUGACCUGGCACUGCACUUUAACCCACGCUUCAAUGAUGACACUGAUGGUACUGUGCUCGUGUGCAACUCAAAGAUUGCCGGCUGCUGGGGUGAUGAGAAGAGAGAGAUCCACAAUCCACUCCAAAGGGGUUCUACAUUUAAGAUUGUGCUGAAGCUGACGGGCGACAUGUUUGAAGUGGAGAUGCCUGAUGGACAGGAGAUCCAGUUCCCCAAUCGUGAAGGCCUACACGUCAUUACCUACAUUCGUAUCAAAGGAGACCUCAAACUUACUUCUUUCAAAAUCUACUAGACCCCAAUAUAUGAGGGGUGAUUUAGUUAGAUCAAUGGGUUAGGACAGGAGCAAUGACACUCAUCAAAUCAUUGUUCUAAUAUAUGUAUUAGUGAACUGUUGGGCAUAUUAAAUAUGUAUCUGGGUUGACCACAGUCUAUCACUGUUUAUCUUUUUUUCCCCAUAGUAUGGUAUAUUUGUUGCAAUAAUAUUCACAAUCUCACGUACACUAACCUCAAGGGUAAUAUGAAGAUGAGGUUAUGGAACUAUUUGCCCUGGAAAUUUAGGUCAUAAUACCUUUCCAGAUCUUCUUGAAAUCGACAAACAAACCACUUCCAGUAUGGAAUUUCAGAGAGGUCUGGUGUGAUGCUCCAAUCAGCAAAUCCUGGGCCAUUUUUUCAGUAUUCUUUCAAAAUAUAUUUAUCUUCUGAUUCAUGGGAUGGGUAAAACCGGCCAUUACUUCUUGUUACUGAAGUUGUACAAAAAUCUAUCCAAAAUUCUACUGUGUCCUUGAAGUGGCAUCCAUUGAUUAGUUUAGGGCGAUGAAAAGGGACAUUGUGAUCCUUCGGUUUGGAUGCCACUUGGUGUUUGUGCAGAUGGCUUUACAGAAGGGACACCGUACCCAGCAGCAAUCACAAAAGUGUUUGAUCAGAAUCUCAUCUGGCCUCUCCCUGAACUGCUUCAUGCCCAGGAGUGACACAUUUCUGAGGCUUCUGUUAAUCUCCAUGAUUCUGUUGGCAAGACCUUCCCUUACCUCUUCUUCGAGGAAGUCAAAGUCGGUUAUGUCACAGAAAUCCCUGAAAUGAUUUUCUGCUCAUUUCAGAUAAUCUUUUAGAGCCCUGGAAAGCUCUCUAAGCCACAUGUUAGUGUCUCCAUUCCUGUUUUUGACCGUCUUGUUGCUGUAUGCAAUGCAUGGCUCACACGCUGCUCUUUAACUUUUAUGUUCCCUUCAAUCAAGGCAAGGACUGUGGACCUUUCUGUGAGCAUAUAUUUCUCUACAUUCUCUCUAAAUUUCUCAAAGUGUUUCCUUGGGUUGUGAAUGUAGGUCAUGAACUUGUCAAAGUUCUCCUCCGCCAGUCAUGUCAGGAUGUGUUUCUCUGUGUUAGGCCUGUUUCCACUGAAUGGUGGGUGGCUUAAUUGCGUUUCUCCAGCCAAGUCAAUGGCCGUCUGGUCAUAAACCGCCUGUACAAUAGAUUCUUUCAGUGUGUUGCAAAUUCACUCACCAAUCACAGCUGCAGAUGAGGAACCUUUGCAGUGUCUCUUGGAAAUGUUGUUGUAUUGUGUUCUCUUCUGCUCCAGGUAAGUAAGGGCAUCAUUGUUGCUUCUGAAUUUGUUAUGGGAAUCUGCUAACUUACUUCCUGCAAGCUCACACACAUGAAGUGAAAGAUCAAUCGUAAAUUCCUUUUUGAAUGCAUAUUUUCUUAUCUUAGAUUCAAAUUCCUUUAUGCUUUCUUUGACAUGAGUUGCUAUUUCUUGCACGUAACUGUCAUUGUCAUUGAAACUUGUCUAAAUUAAGGGUGAAAAUAGCCAGUAGGCAAUACGGUGCAGUAUGAGUAUCAGCAAAAUAAAUUAUUAUGAAUUGAG